AUGGCAAGCAACAAUCCACCAUUUCGCAUUAUCCCGGCGCAUAGCGCAAAACAUAUAGAAGCAGCCAAAGCACUUUUUAUGUCGUACACCGAAUGGCUAGGCCUCGACCUUACCUUCCAAGGAUUCGCUUCCGAGCUCCAGUCCCUCCCUGGUCAAUAUGCGGCACCCCAUGGCGAAUUAUUACUAGCCUAUAGUACCGAAGAGGAGAUUCCUAUCGGAUGCGUCGCUGUCCGGCCUCUCAAGCAGAUGUCGGGCGAUAAUCAACGAGACGUUCGAAGCCAUAGAGGAUACUGUGAGAUGAAGAGGUUGUAUGUCUCUCCCGAAGCACGGGGAACGGGACUGGGGAAAGCCUUGGUGAAUUCCAUCGUUGAGAGGGCGAAGGAUCUCGGUUAUAAGGAGAUGAGGCUCGACACCCUUCCCUCAAUGAUGAGCGCCAUACAGUUGUAUAAGAGGGUGGGAUUUUUGGAAAUAGCUCCUUAUUAUGAGACUCCCUUGGAGGGGACGCUCUUUCUCGGUUUGGAUCUUACGCAGAAAACAUAG